CGCCAAUCAACGAUCAAUGCCCGCCCCGGCCCAAUCUCCCCAACUCUCCCGAAGCUCUAUCGUGUCCAUCAUCCAAUUGGCAAGGUGAGAGAGCGACUGGCGCUUGCAGCUACACAAAAAUUGGCCCUCCGACCCGUGGCUCCGAGUUUGACAAGGUGUUCAUCCCGCCGCCAUCUUACAUGUACAUCCACACGGCAUCCAUGCAUUCAGAGUUCAUACCGACCGACGCCAACCUCAUCUCCGAAACGGACACUGAAGCAAUGCCCAUUGCCGAGCCGACGCCUCUGUCUUCCCGCAGCAACUCUUCCACCACCACACGACAGUUCCAGCAUCUCUCCCCCUUCUCCUGCUCACCGAAGCAAACCGACUCAUUGACAGCCCAAUCCUGCGACAUGCUUCACCGCAUGACUGUCACAGUUCGCCCCCCUCCCCCACGAGGCAUAGGGCCAACAGGAAGCCAACCAACCGGCUGCGCCUUUCAUUUCGCCUACAGGGGCCUGUGUGCCAGCGUUACCUCUCAAACCCAACGAAGACGCACUGACCGGGCAGGCCAUGACCGCCGAAGGUGUGCUAACAAUAGACCACCACCCCUGGAGUUGUCUCUCAUGGAUUCUUUUUCGAAUGCCGCCGCCCAGUGCCGAAUUGCCGAAAGCCAUCCGGGACCCUCCGCAAUUCCCUUUGUCCUAUGAAGAUUCGCCGCACGGAGGCUGCCCUAUAUGGGCGGGCAGGCACGGCUCGGACGGCAUGCUGUGUUGCUUGUGCCGUCUCAAUUGAAGUCUUGGAGGACAAUGUCUGGAGAACCCAAUUAUCCGACUCAAGAGUUUUGGCACCGGAAUGCAACAACCAGGGGGUCAGGCCCAUCAUCGCCGCCAACUCAAAUUUCCCUCGCGGUAAAUGUGGAUUAUGGCUUCGGACACAUUCGAUCGGAUAAC